AUGGUAUUUGGCUACUUUCGCCAAGUCCUAUACAUCUCCCUGCUCUUCACCAAUGCUAUCGCCAUCCUGAAUGAGGAACGCUUCCUCGCGAAGAUCGGCUGGUCGACGCGCUCCGCUCAAGCUGCUAACGCUGGCUUUGGGCAUGCACCCAACGCCUACGACGCUUUCGGCGGAGAGGUCUCCAUCAAAUCCAAACUGGUCAAUCUCAUCAGCGCGACGCGUACCCUCAUGAGAAUACCAUUGAUCGUCUUCAACGUCGUCAUUAUCGUAUACGAAUUGCUAUUGGGAUAG